AUGGCGGCUAAUACAAACUCCAAAACUGCCGACGGCAAGUUUGCCGAUCUGCAGAAAGACACUGUCGAGCUUAACAGCAAGCAACAUAUGAGUACCGACUAUGGCAUCAAGAUCACAGACCCAGACCAUUGGCUCCGCGUCGUCGAUGGAAAGAAGACCGGUCCCUCGCUUCUGGAGGACCAGAUCGCCCGUGAAAAGAUCAUGCGUUUCGACCACGAACGCAUCCCAGAGCGAGUUGUGCACGCCCGCGGGACGGGCGCAUUCGGCACGUUCAAACUAUACGAAAGUGCAGAGGAUGUUACGACUGCCGGUGUCCUGACGGACACUAGCCGGACAACACCGCUAUUCCUGCGUUUCUCAACAGUGCAGGGCAGCAAGGGCAGCGCAGACACUGUCCGCGACGUGCGCGGGUUCGCCAUCAAAAUGUAUACUUCCGAAGGCAACUGGGAUAUUGUCGGCAACAAUAUCCCCGUGUUCUUUAUCCAGGAUGCGAUCAAGUUCCCUGAUGUGAUUCACUCUGUGAAGCCUGAGCCACAUAAUGAGGUGCCGCAGGGUCAGAGUGCUCAUAAUAAUUUCUGGGAUUUCCAGUAUAUGCAUUCGGAGGUGACGCACAUGAAUCAAUGGAUUAUGUCUGAUCGAGCUAUUCCUCGCUCGUAUCGGAUGAUGCAGGGCUUUGGUGUGAACACCUACUCUCUGGUUAACAAGGAAGGCAAGCGCCAUCUUGUCAAGUUCCAUUUCACCCCCGAGCUGGGUGUGCACUCACUUGUCUGGGAUGAGGCCUUGAAGAUCGCUGGUCAAGAUCCAGACUUCCACCGCAAGGAUCUGAUGGACGCCAUUGACGCGGGCCAGUUCCCUCGCUGGAAGUUUGGUCUUCAGCUAAUCCCCGAGGAAAAGGCCGACGACUUUGAAUUCGAUCCGCUCGAUGCUACCAAAGUGUGGCCCGAGGAAUUGGUUCCGAUCCGCUACAUUGGAGAGAUGGAAUUGAACCGCAAUGUCGACGAGUUCUUCCCCCAGACGGAGCAGGCUGCAUUCUGUACCAGUCACAUCGUCCCUGGUAUUGAUUUCUCCGAUGACCCACUUCUUCAAGGUCGAAACUUCUCGUACUUUGAUACACAGAUUUCACGCCUAGGUCCUAACUGGCAGGAACUGCCAAUCAAUCGUCCAGUCUGUCCGUACAUGAAUCUGGUUAACCGUGACGGUGCUAUGAAGCACCGCAUCACCAAGGGCAAAGUCAACUACUGGCCUAACCGCUUUGAAGCCAACCCACCCGCUACUCCCGCUCAAGGUGGCUUUACCAGCUACCCAGAGAAGCAGCAGGGUGCCAAAAAGCGUGAUCUGUCAGACAAGUUCGCGGAACACUACAACCAAGCUCAAGUAUUCUACAACUCGCUGUCGAAAAUUGAAAAGAUGCACGUGGCCAAGGCUUUCUCGUUUGAGCUGGACCACUGCGACGAUCCAGUGGUUUACAAGCGCAUGACUGAGCGCCUUGCAGCAAUCAGCUUGGAGCUCGCUCAGACUGUCGCCACCAACGUUGGCGCUGAUACCCCGGUCAAGGCCCUGAAAGAAAACAAGGGUCUCAAGGCCAAGGGGUUAAGCCAGAUGGAAUACAUGCCGGAGAAGCCCACCAUCGCGACGCGUCGUAUUGCUAUCCUCAUCGCCGACGGCUUCGACUUCAACCAGUACACCACCAUGAAAGAAACCCUUCAAGCCCAAGGCGCAUUCGUCUUUACCAUUGGUGCUCAGCGCCAGGGAGUGACAUCGGAGUCUGGACAGAAGGUGGUACCCGAUCAUUUCUUCACAGGAAUGCGGUCCACUCUCUUUGACGCGGUGUUUGUUCCUGGUGGAAAGCAUGUUCAGGCGCUAUCAAAGAACGGUGUCGCUAAGCACUGGAUCUCCGAGUCAUUUGCCCACCUUAAGGCCAUUGCCGGUGCGAAUGAUGCUGUGCCAUUCAUCCAGCGCCAGAUUAAUCUUCCGGAAGUCGAGGUGGCUCAGAGUGGCACCUCACUCAAGGAGUCAUAUGGCGUUGUGACGGGACACGGAGACGCGGCUUCCUUGUUGAAGGUUGGUAAGAUCGGACCUGAUGCCAAGGGUCUGGCUGAGCAGUUUAUCUGGCAUAUCUCAAGGCACAGAAACUGGGCGCGUGAGUUGGAUGGACUUUCGGAUCAAAUUGCCGCCUAG